AUGCCUAUGAGAAGAAUGAACAGAGUCAGCAAAGGUAGAAGACCGCCACCUCUACGUCUCCCUCCUUUUCCAUCCCGUCUCUUUGAUCCAGAUCAAACGGUGAUAGGUAUACAUAAGCAAGAUACUAUCUAUCCUCCCAAGCAACAGAUAAGACUUCUCAUCUGGGCAGGAAGAGUUAGGCUUGAGCUAAUGACCGUACCAGCGGAUGACAGCAAAAGUGUGCAAUUUUCUCCAGCUGGCUCUGUCUCCAUGACUCUCAACUUCUAUCAUAUGAAUCCUGAUGAUAACGAAAACAAUCCAUUGACUAAAGAACCCCAGAUCAGUACCGUGGAGCCAGAGCAGACACCCGUGUCCCUUCAGCACGCGUUCCUCGUGCGGAAGGUGAAAUGCGAUAAUGGGGGGCUUGAGUUCAGCUCGAUAGUUGUGCAAAGUGUUCACCUCAAACGGGUCUUGGCAAUGGUCAUGGAUGGCUACCCUGGCAUUUCCAUGUCACACGAGGGCAUGGAAAUAUUUGCUGAAGCUCGAGGCAAGGAAUCCGAAGCAGAAGCUAAGGCCCAUGUGGACUCACUCUACGAAGUCCUGUCAACAGAACUCAACGAUGUCAUCACUCGCAAGGACGACCUUGUCCUCUAUAACGUGAUCACUUUCAACAUGCUCUGGACCAUCUUCGAGCCAGGUCAUAUAAUUUUAAGCAUCGUGAACGGCUGCGAGCGCGCCUUUCGGCUUGAAGGUGGCGAAUACACUUCAGAUUCGAAAGAAUUCAAAAUCUAUGCAAUCUACAUUGAUUAUAAUGGCCACGUAUUUGGGUACAGGAAGUACAACCUCUCCAUCCCAGCCUUUGAAGGCACCACGUCUAUUAUGAUGUUGCCAGUGAUCCCUUUCGAGUACCAUAACGACAAGCACGCACUGCGCAAGAACCUGAUCCUUCGUGGACAGCGCUGGUAUCAGCACAAAGGUCUGGUAACGUAUAUGGGCCGAGAGGUUGGUCAUAACAUAAGCAGUCGGGUUAUGAUUGACACGGAAACGUAUCUCGCGUUCCAUUCAGACAAGUUCUCAAGGGAAUUAGAAGACAUAUCCGAGUCACUGGCUGAUGAACAAUUUCUUAUCGCAACUCCAAUUUUGCGCGGCUACUCUCUCGAUGACAGAAAAUGGAUGGAGUUCUUUGUCAUGGGCGUGUCGGAUAUUAUCUGGAACCCGCGACCCUUUACCUCUUUGGUCCUGCCGGAUGGCAUAAACGAAGAUCUGAAGGACCUAGUUCUUGCAUUCACCAGUUCUCAGUCAGCUAAAUCUGAAUUCUUUGACAAUGUACCUCAAGGGAAAGGCCGCAGUGUCACCAUGCUCCUCCACGGCCCUCCAGGUGUUGGCAAGACCCUUACGGCCGAAUGUGUCGCCGAAGUGAUGAAAGUGCCGCUUUACGCUCUGAGCGCGAGAGCGCUGGGAACGACUGCUGUGCAAGCUGAAGAGAGUCUGCAAUUUGCCCUUCGUAUGGUUGACAAAUGGGGUGCUGUGCUGCUUAUAGACAAUGCAGAUAUUUUUAUACAAGAACGCAACCCCAGCUAUCUCCAGAACAACGAGCUAUCGUAUGUACUAUUAACACUGCUGGAAAACUACGAGGGAGUAUUGAUCCUGGCUAGUAAUGGCGUUGAGACCAUAGACCCUGCUUUUGAAAGUCGUAUCGAUGUCCACAUCCAUUAUCCGGAACUUGAUGAUGAGUCCCGACGCCAUAUCUGGAAAUGCUUACUCGGAGAGACGGAGACGGAAUUAUUCUCAAAGUAUGAACUUCGUGACCUAGCGGGUCGCGAACUGAAUGGAAGACAGAUCAAAAAGUUGGUGAAAUCUGCCAGGACCCUCGCUCGCUAUCAGGGAACUAAGCUGAGCUAUGAACAUAUCUUGACUGUCAUGAAGCUGGUGCAUCCAGCUUAUGGGUGGACAGAUUGUUGA